AUGCGUCGUACAUUUCGGACGGCGAGCAAUGCCAUGGGUGGGGGCUUCCCCAUCCACCGCGACACCACGCGCAAACCACGCCUCGUGACGGAGGUGGGGACGUGGCUUUACAAGAAGGAGACCAUGCAGAGCUUUAACCAGUGGUGUCGCGAGCGGCAGGUGCGCGCGUACGGUAACGUGAAGAUGACGUCGACGAUUCACUUCGCGCGGUGCCUGCGGGUCUCGAAACCGAUCUUGCCGGGGCAGGCCAUCAUCACCAGUCCCCUCUCCGCGUGUUUUAACUUUUUGACGGUUGCGAAGGAGAUGUACGACUGCCCAUCCACAGCGUUUCCGCUGCAGCUGAACUGGAUGAACUACAACGAGCGCCUGCCCUUCAUGCGGAGCGCCUGCACGUACGAGUUCGCGCAGGCCGGUUGGAUGACACGCAUCGUCUCCCUUGAGGAGUCCGCAUACACACCGUACGUGCAGUACCUCUUCGAGGACACGCGCGGCCGUGACGGCAUCUCGAACGGCAUGGGCAAGGAGCGCGAGGAGGAGAGCGGCGUGCUGGAUCACUAUCUCUCCGAGAUGGCGACAGACGCCUGCGAAGACCCAGAGGUGUUCCUGGAGAACUUUUUUCGCGGGCUGGCGUGCGUGCACCUCCGCUCACAGCCCAUUGAGGCUGCUGCUGUGGAGGCGUUUAUUCCCGGCACGAACUUCUUCAAGGCUAAGUCGAGCGAGAUGUGCGUCCCGACCCUCGUCCCCCUCGUCGACGCCGUUCCGCAGCUGGAGGACGGCUCGCACAACACGGUCCUCGAGUACUUCCCCUACUCAGACGUGGCAGCACUUCGGGUGCAAUGUGAAGAGCUGCUGAUCCCCUUCUUCGACAAGAGCAAGGAAGAGCUGAUUGUGACCCAGAGGACGCACGCAGCACAAGGGGUAUCGCGGAGGAUUAGCGUGGAGCACGAGUUGAUGGACCCGGCUCUGCUGGAGGGCGGCGGCUUUUUUGCCCUGCGCGCGCUGGAGCCGCUGGGUGUUGGCGACGUGCUGUACCUGCGUCGAUUCCCUGAUGUGGGGGUUCGCGCAGGAGAGCGCAAAAUGGAGGCGCAGGUGAUGGAGGCGAAUCGACUACUGUCACGCGACGACGGAUGA